ACACACACUGUUGUAGUGUAGUAUUCGGAAAAGCGACAAAAUUUACGUCGACGUUGCUAAACUUUUUUAUAUUGAAUGAAAUGUAAUAAAUCUUUGAAAGAUUCUCAACCUUUUUCAGCCAUUGAAUAAUAUCAUCAGCAGCUCAAAACACUGCACCGUCGCCGUUAGCUGGCCUUGACCGGAAACUGAAACAUGAGUUCGAAGUCGACGCCGCGGCGUCGGCGGCGGAUGUCCGUUCAAUUCCUCCUGAUCCUGAUCGCGAUAUCCACCAUUUUCGGGCUGCUGACGACGGAUCUCAGGUCGAUUGAGCCGUCGCCGAAGGUCGAGAUGAGGAAGGGGGAGUUUUCAGCUGAUACAACGUCGGAUAAGGUCGAGAUGAGGAAGGAGGAGUUUUCAGCUGAUACGACGUCGGAUAAGGUGGAGGCAGCUGAGGGCGGGAAGAAAUGCGCGACGGUGGAGGAGAUGGGCCAGAUCUUCAGCAGAGGUUAUGUGGGCGAAAGUCUUAGAGUCAGAAGAUUAAUUCGUCAUCACUUCGCCGAUAACGGUGCCUCCAGGGUACGAAAUCUCCCUCCGGAACAAUUCUGCAACCGCGGUUUUGUGAUUGGAAAGGCAUCGGAAGCUGGUUUGGGAAAUGAGUUGUACAAGUUACUGACUGCUGCUGCACUGAGCGUGAUGCUGAACCGAUCAUUGAUAAUCGGGCAAACCAGGGAUAAGUACCCUUUUGGCGAUUACAUCUCCUACUCCAACGUAACCUUUACAUUGAAAGAAGUGAAACAUUUGUGGAGACAGAAUCGUUGUCUGACAAAAUACAAAAGGCACCUAACGAUGAGGAUUGAUGAUUUUCAGAAGCCAUCACGAACAGCCGUUCUGUGUAGUAACUGGAGAGAGUGGGAGCAACCUAUCAUAUGGUUCCAGAACGCGACGGAUGCUGUGGCUGCCCAGUUUUUCUUGAAGAAUAUACAUCCUGAAAUGAGGGAAGCUGCCACAGAUUUAUUUGGGAAGCCGGAAAAUCUUCAGUACCGAGCUAAUGUGUUUGGGGAGAUUAUGAGGAUUCUAAUUUCUCCUUCGAAAGAUGUGGAAAAUGCAGUAAGUUGGGCUCUUAGUGGCGGGAGGGAUCCGGAUAUAGUACUCCACAUGCGGAUGAUGAUGAAUAGACCGGUGAGAGCAAAGCAGGCAGCGGUGGAUUGCCUAAGAAAAGCUCUCCUUAAUCUUCCAAUGAUAUCGAGACCCAAAGUUGUUCUGGUUUCUGAUACCCCUUCUGUGGUGAAUAACAUUGCACGAACUUUAAAAGAAUUUGCAGAGGUGUUACACUUCGAUUAUGAAAAAUUCCAAGGAAAUAUUUCUGGCAACUCAAACAUCAUAAAUUUCAGAAGAAAGGACUGGGGUCCUGCUCCUAGAUGGGUGGCCUUUGUUGAUUUCUUCCUCGCAUCACGCGCUAAACAUGUCGUCAUUUCUGGAGCUCACCGACGUGUUGGGACGACGUAUGCUCAGUUGAUCGCAGCACUUGCAGCUGCAUACAGACUAGAUGAGAACUCGUCUCUAAACUCGAGCAUCACGUUCCUUAGCAGCUUCCAAGGUUCGUUACUUUCGGAGGGUUUGAAGAGACAGAUCGGGUGGGGACAUGUGUGGAACAGAUUUGCGGGCCCCCUGAGCUGCCGUGGCCAACAUAGCCAAUGUGCUCUAACACCUCUUCUACCACCGGCUUGGUGGGACGGGCUUUGGCAGUCGCCCAUCCCACGCGACGUGCAAAGGAUGGAAGCGUACGGCAUCAAACUCUCGGGCUUCGGGACGUCGGACGACACCCACCUUAGAGGUUUCUGUCAGUCGCGGAAAAAUUCGGUUGUAGUAGCUCGACUCAUCUAGCUAGGUUAGGUACUCAUGUUUUUGGUUAUUUAUUUGAUCUUCAUUUUUGUUCUGCUUUAAUUAAUUCAUUCGUUUACAUUAAUUGUAGCACGCAUGCAACGCAUUUCUGAUAUCUGUAUCUGAUUGUAGCGACAGUACUCACUUGUAGCACGAGAAAUAUAUAUUCCAGUUUCUAAAUUACAUAAUA